AUGUUGAUCCGACGGUUCUUUGGCCUUGUGGCCAUCUCCACUGGGCUCACGACAGCUGUCGAACUCUCCGGAUACGAGUAUAUUGUGGUAGGAUCUGGUGCAGGUGGUGGUCCGUUGGCCACUCGCCUCGCACUUGCAGGGCAUAAGACACUGCUGAUCGAAGCAGGCAAUGACCAGGGGCAGAACCAUAAUUAUUCCAUCCCCUCGUAUUCGGCCAGAGCAUCCGAGGACGAGAAGUUGGCCUGGAAUUUUUUCGUCCGACAUUACGCGGAUGAAGAGAGGCAAGCUCGCGACUACAAGACGACCUACACGACGUCCGAUGGAGACGAAUACACAGGCCUGGACCCGCCGGAGAACUCGACCAUGAAAGGAACACUUUACCCACGCACAGGUACCCUCGGGGGGUGUACAGCUCAUAAUGCGCUGGUCACCAUCUAUCCCCAUCAAUCUGAUUUCGAAUAUCUUGUCGCCCUGACCGGGGAUAGAUCCUGGUCUCCCGAAAACAUGCGGAAAUACUUUACCAGGUUGGAGAACAACCAUUAUCUCCUCUUCCCUGGAUCCAGAGGACACGGCACGAAGGGCUGGCUCCACACCAGCACGACACCGCUCGGCCUGGUCCUGCAGGAACCGCAGCUCCUCAGCGUGAUCCUGGGUGGUGCUUUUGCCCUGGGCAAUCGCACAAAUACCGUUUUCAAUUUAGCCACCCUCCUUGCUGCGGAUGCCAAUGACGGUAGUGUGGCUCGCGACACCCAACCAGGGUACUACCAGGUCCCCAUUGCCACACAGGAUGGGCGUCGCAGCGGUCCGCGAGACUUCAUAAUCGCUGUGCGGGACGCGAAGAACAGGGACGGAACGAAGAAGUACCCGCUGGACGUGCGCACCGAUUGCUUUGUGACCAAGGUCAUAUUUGACAAAUCGGUGCAACCGCCACGCGCCACGGGGGUCGAGUUCCUCGAUGGGAAAUAUCUUUACAGGGCGAGCCCUCUCGCCAAUCCCAGGACUGCAUCACCUGGGACUCCCGGCAGGGCCACAGCCUCGCGGGAAGUGAUCGUCUCCGGGGGCGUAUACAACUCCCCACAGCUGCUGAAACUCAGCGGCAUCGGUCCCGCGGAAGAACUUCGAAAGUUCGGAAUCAAGGUGAUCUCGGACCUGCCGGGGGUGGGAACUAACCUGCAAGACCACUAUGAAGUUGCGGUACAGGGUCACGUCCCGAAGAAUUGGGGCAUUGCGGACGGCUGCACGUGGGAGGACGAUGAGAACCAGGAUCGCUGCCUGGGGCAGUGGAGUAACCCUACCUUGUUAGGGGGCCGCGGCCUUUACGCCGCACCGGGGGCGGCGUCCACCAUGUUCUACAAGAGCAGCGUCACCACGGACAACUCCUACGAUGCUUUUGUCUUUGGCCUCCCGGCAAAUUUUCGUGGGUAUUUCCCUCAGUACAGCCAAUACCUAACAGAUCGACAUGACUGGUUCACCUGGGCAGUUUUGAAAGGCCACCCGCGCAAUACCGCGGGAUCGGUCACCCUUCGGUCUGCAGAUCCACUGGAUAUGCCGGACAUCGUGUUCAACUACUUUGACACUGGUUCUGGGGACUACAACGCGGAUCUACAGGCCAUAUAUGAAGCGGUUCAGCUGGGUCGGGAGGCAUUUGCCUCUCAACCGGUAAAAGUUAACGAGGUACUCCCCGGUCCGCACGUUCAGACGAAGGAGGCGAUCCAGCAGUAUGCAAAGGAUACGGCCUGGGGCCACCACGCGUCUUGUACAUGUCCGAUCGGUGCAGAUGGGGAUCUCAUGGCCGUGCUGGACUCCAAGUUCCGGGUGCGUGGUGUCCGCGGGUUGAGAGUCGUCGAUGCGUCGGUCUAUCCGAGGAUUCCAGGUACGUUUACCGCGCUUUCGACGUAUCUUGUGGCGGAGAAGGCGGCGGACGAUAUUCUUUCGGAGUUAUAG